AUGAAGGCCGGACAACUCAGGGCGGUGGCAUGGGUUGAGGUGGUUCUUUGUUUGUUGGCAGGAAGGAGCAUGUGCUUCGCUCAAGAGCCUGUCAAAGUGGUUGAUGGUGAGACAUGCAAGGGCGGUAGUCUGGCGUGGUCGUUGGGACAAGAGGAUGAAACACUGGUUUUUGAAUGUAGGGACCCGGUUGCCCUCCUGGACCCUUCUGAUCCGAGGUAUGUUUUCGGCGAAAAGACACCGUCAGAAAGCGUUCUGCUCGACGAAAGAAUCCGCAAGGCGACUCUGACGCUGAACAAGCCCGCCAAUAACGCUUACACUCUUACAGUUCCGGAAAAGCCGAAGACUGACAUCAAGGUCGUCUAUAUCUGUCGAAAGAAUAAUGUGGCUGGUGUAGGGGGUGUGUCGCCUGCGUCUUCUCUAGAUUCCUUUCCAAAAGAUCUCGACAAGUGCACCAUCACUAUCACGGUAGUUGGCAAACCUGACAACACUGAAGACAAUAAGCAUCCACUGCCUCCUGCUCUAGAAGACCAAAAAGAUGAUCCAGCUUUGUCUGACAAGACCUAUUCGUGCUCUGACGUCCACGACACGAAUAUCACAGUCUCGGCACCGAACACGAACCUGAAGCUGCAGUGUCCUAGUUCACUCAUUUUUGAGCCCACGAAAGCUGCCGAAGUAUUUGAUGACGAGGACGGUGAAUGCAAGACUGCAAAAGCGCUAAGCGUUCUUGUCCCAGAGGCGGAAAGGCGAGACGAAAGCGGCGUGUUGACUUUGAAAAUUCCUCGUCUUCCUGCAGGGUCGAAGAAUACGGCUCUUUGCUAUCGCUGCCGAACUGCAUCCGCUGGGAGUCAGAGGGAGACUGAACAGGGGUGCGCAUUCCGGAUCUCUGUCGUGUCAGCUGAGUCCUCUGCAUCGAUUGCUUCAGGGUUAACUAGCUCUGGAGCCAUUUUUAUUUACAUUGUCGGAGCCGCAUUAGGCGAUGUGAAGCAUUUUCUUCAUUGA